AUGAGCAAAGUGCACCCACUCAAGCUAAAAAAAUUUAUGGAUAAGAAGCUAUCAUUGAAAUGGAAUUGUGGGAGGUACAUCCAAGGAAUAUUACAGGUGUUUGAUCCAUUUAUGAAUCUUGUGAUUGAUGAAUAUGUAGAGAUGGCACCAGGUGGGCGACAGAGCAUUACUGGAAUAGUGGUAAUCCAAAGAAACAUUAUCAUUAUGUUAGAAGCCUUGGAAUGA